AUGGACGAUCCAAAGCAAACGCUCUACAUUAGAGGACUGCCGGACAAGUCGUCCGCCAAUGAAGUCCGACGUGCCCUUUAUCUGUACUGCACCCAGUUUGGACCAGUGAAGGCGGUUCUGUACAGCAAGUCGAAAGAGUUCUACGGCCAGGCAUUUGUAGUGUUCACGGACGUUGGCACGGCCACAACAGCUCGCCGUUCGCUGCACGAUCGCAUGUUCUACGGCCGACGAAUCCAGGCCUUUUACGCGCACAAGCAGGCAUUUUGCGUCGCACCCGGUGAGCGUCGCCGCCGCGAUUUGGCGCGCGAGAAGAAGCGUUUGCGUACGCUGCAGAAGAAAGAGUAA